UACAGCACUGUCGUGCAUUUAUUCCGAUUAGAUCCCAUGGAUACGAUAACAUUGCAGUGGAGAAGCGAUUAGAUUGUUGCUGUGACGGGAGCCAAGAUGGUGCUGGGUGGAAUGGCUCGCUAUGUCGUGGUGCUCUCUAUGUUAUGUUGGGUCCUGGACUCUGGGUGUUGUCAUCCAAGGUUCGGCCGUGCCACUCGAGAUGAGCUCUGCAGCGAAACGAACGACUCGUUAUUCCUGACCCAGCACGUCGACAGCGGGGAUAUAAAUCGUGCUCGUACGGAGAGCAUUGUGUCCCUCUUCACUGCGGACCACAACAUCCCGGAUGUGCACUCUGGUUACAUCACCGUUAACAAGUCAGCCGACACGAACCUUUUCUUUAUGCUGGCCAAGGGGCAAAGCGCGCUCGAUAAUACGACGUCACCUGCACCGCUCCUACUAUGGCUUCAAGGGGGACCAGGACAGACGUCCUUGUUCGGGCAAUUCGUCGAGCACGGACUGCUCGGUCUCGACGGCAACGGGAGUUUCUACAGGAGAAACCACACACUGUGGAAGCUGUUCGAUGUCGUCUACUUGGAUGAACCUGUUGGAGCCGGCUACAGUUUCACGAGGGACCUCACCCAUGGAUUCGCGAAAACAGUCGAGGACAUGAGCCGAUACAUUCUGGAGUUUUUGCGUCAGUUCCUGAUCCUGUUCCCCGAGUAUCAUGGAAGGGACUUUUACGUCGCUGGUGAAUCCUACGGAAGCAGGCCAGCCCUAACCACAGCGUACUGUAUCCACAAAGAACCAUCUAAGGUCAAUCUCACCCUCAAGGGAGUCAUCAACGGCGUUGGCUUCUGGAGUUCUGUCAUGGGACCUUUACACGUCAGUUCCUAUUUCAGUGCCCUCGGUCUUCUUGAUCACAACGGCUACAAAACAUUCUCAGAACGGGUGUCCAACAUCAGCGCCCUCGUCAGCAAAGGAAUGCACCUUGAAGCCUGCAUGCUUAUGGCACAGACCUUUCGGUCCUCGAGCAACAAGUCGAACCCUACGCUAUACCAGGAGCUGACGGGCUACGAAUUUUGCGGGAAUGUUCUGGAACCCAAAGAACCCCCAGUGUUCACGAGGUUCAACGAACUGGCGGUUACGCCUUGGUUUAAGAAGGCAAUCCACGUGGGCAAAGAUGGACCGUUCAGACAGUACGAGCUGUACAUCCACGGAAACCUUGUGCACGAUCCAUUCAGGGACCUCGGGGACAUGGCUGUUGAGGUGUUGAAUAACUACAAGGUCCUAGUGUACGUCGGCCAGCUUGAUCCUACAUUUGCGCGGGACCAAACCGAGGUCUUCUUCCGGAACCUGUCGUCCUGGACCGGCGCCGAAGAGUUCACGUCAGCCCAUCACAAAAUAUGGUACAUCAACGAGGACGACACUCAUUCCGCAGGCUAUGUGACGCGCAUUGGGAACUUCACUUACGUAAAACUAGCCAGAGUCGGGCAUUAUCCAGCGUUCGACCAACCACAGGCGGUGACGGAAAUGUUCUUCCAGUUCGUCAACGAUCGCUUCGUCUAGUUCAGGGUCAUGAACACUCCAAAACUGAGGGGGCGAAUAUAUGUUUACCUAAAAAAGAACAAACAAAAAAAAAACAGGGAAAGGUUAGCGUGCGCUACGGCUGCCAAAACUGAGUGUGUGAAGUAACGUGGGGGAUAACACAAGCGCAGUAUGCCUUGCAAUCGUCACCAAAUCGCAGCCAUCUCCAAUGCUGCCUGGGCCAAGGCAUAUCUAAACUGGUAGCGUAAACAAGCGAAAAUACCAAAAUCAGACCCAUCGGCAAGGCCACCAGCAAGAGGUGCGAGCGAUCCUGGGUGUUGACAGUAGAGGUACGGUCGUAAACACAAAAAACUUUACAACAUGGGCGUGGCUUGUGUGUGUACUAAUAGGUUAUUCAUAAUUUCAAUGUAGAAGAAACUUUCUGUUGCCCUUCCCGUGCACAUAUACGAAAUCAUCUACCACCCGAGUACAUUUCUGUGUCCUGCUCCUUUUGCGCAUGUGUCGCAGUGGACGUGUUUAUCCGUGCAAAGCUGUAUCCGUGCAUUGUAAUACUGAGUUGGUGCUCUUUUUGGGUUAAACAGGAAACGACGUUCACAUCUCGGAGCUGUAGACCAAGAACCACUUGUGUGAACAGAUAAAUACAAUGCAUCCCCUGUUGCUGGUCCCGCGAAAAAAAAAAAAAAAAAAGAAAUUCGUCAUGGGACGAGCGGCCAUGAUAGCGUGAGUGUUAGCAGGAAUCAGCUGUGCACCAACGAUGCCAUGUUUCGUUGCAAUUUGCCUAUAAUAGCCACUCACUGAAUAAAUGCAAACGUCUAAUCACUACGUGUACGUGUUGCUCUAGGAGAGAAAUGGAACUUAAGUGAACCUUCCUAAUUUGUGUGUGGUCAUCACGAUGCCCUUCAGUUGGGAGUUGUCUAAAUCUGUGAUAACCCUAUGUAUUUCGAAUUGAUAAGUUUAAUUAAACCUGAUGUGAUUUAUUUUUCUGUA